AUGCUGUCAGACGUACGACACAUGGUACUCCACAAGAUCCUGAGGAUAACCUUGACCCCACCUGAGAAGGCAACAUAUAGACGAAAGAGUGGGGACAGUUGUGCAGUUUUGCAGUGCUGUGCCGGCGAUCACUGUGGAAGGAUGCGCUGUGGUCAGUUAAGGCAGUAUGUCGUCAGUCUUGUCAGGGUUGUCCCCCUAUCAUUCUUGGCGGUCUUAUCCUAUCCUCGCAACGUCAGGGGAUUGCCUCCUCGAUUGCUGAGCCCUGGAUGUGUAGGGGUUGUCCCCCUAUCAUUCUUGGCGGUCUUACCUUAUCCUAUCCUCGCAAUGUCAGGGGAUUGCCUCCUCGGUUGCAGAGCCCUGGAUGUGUAG